AUGUUCUCCUCGCAGCGCUCUAGUAACCUCGCACCAGGCGCAGGCGGCGCUCGCGGCGGAACGCGCGGCGUCAACGGAUCCCUCGCCUCGUCGUCCGCUUCGUCGCCCGCAGCGCUCAUAGGGCGCAAGAUCUUCCAGCAGAAGUACUCCUUGCAGCUUGCGCCGGGCGUGAUUGACUGGUUGGACCAGUUCGUGCUGCACUUUGGGAUGAAGGACGAGGACGAGAUCGCUCACACCUUUGAGCAUCUCGUCCGGGGUUGCAUCGGCAGCGGAAGCGGGCUGGAUGGACCGAGCAAGAUCACGACAGACCUCCUCGAGGAGACAUACGAGCGGUUGCGGGUUGCGGCAGAUCAGCCAGAGGAUACGGGAGGUGCGGGAGACGACCUCGACCCGUCGCAGUACCUCAAGAUCGUCAAUGCGUUUGACAUGCCGGCGUGGAGGUGGGACGACGUGCGAGGCGGGUUUGAGAAGUGCAAGACGGCGCCGACUCUCGCACCGGGAGCGCUGUCGAAAUCGCAGUACCUCCGAGACCGGUUCAACAUCAUCAAGCAGGUCAUCCUUCGCAACGAGCACUUCUGCCCUCCGACCGUCGUCGACCCCGAACGGGCAGACUACAUGAAGCUCACGACGAUCAAGAACCUGCUUGGCCGGCAAGGCGGCCACUUCCUCAUCUUUGGCUUGCUCACCCGCAUGGAGGACGGCGAGUUCUAUCUCGAAGAUCUCGACGACAAAGUGAAGCUUGAUCUGUCAGAAGCGACUCCCGAGUCUGGCUUGUUCACCGAAGGCUCGUUCGUCCUCAUCGAUGGCGACUACACGCUCGACUCGAUCUUCAAGGUUGCCGAGAUUGGACAUCCGCCGAGCGAGCGACGAGACGAGGCGAUGAAGAUCCACGGCCAUCACGACUUCCUCGGCAUUGGCGCCUUGUCUGCGAGCGAAGAGGCCGACCUCAUCCUAGCCGAACAAUCCCCCUCACACGAAACCUCCUUCAUCAUCCUCUCCGACCUGCACCUCGACAGCCCAAAAGUCAUGUCAGGCCUCCAACAACUCUUGCAGGUCUACGAUCAGAUGGAGGAGAAGGAGAUCCCGAAGCUGUUUGUCCUUUGUGGGAACUUUAGGAGCCGACCGUGGUUGUUUGAUGGAGAGGCGAUGAGGGAGUAUACGGAACUCUUCGCCAACCUCUCCAAGCUCCUGACAACCUUCGCAAACCUCCUCGCCUCUUCGCACUUCCUCCUCAUCCCCGGCCCAACCGACCCGUGGUCCUCCGCCGCCCUCCCGCGCCCUCCAAUCCCCGAACCGCUCGCCAAAUCCCUCAUCGCCAAAAUCCCGAACCUGACGCUCGGGAGCAACCCGUGUCGAGUACGGUGGUUCAGUCAGGAGAUUGUGGUUUUCCGCGACGAUCUGAUGGGGAGGAUGAUGAGGAAUGCGGUGAGGUUUCCGACGGAGGAUGGGGAGGGCGGUGGACGGAAAGGCGACUUGCGGAAGGCGCUCGUCCAAACGAUCCUCGACCAGGCGCACCUCGCACCGCUUCCUCUGACAGUCCGACCAGUCCUCUGGGAUUACGACCACGCUCUCCGCCUCUAUCCAAUGCCUACAACCCUCAUCCUCGCCGACUCGUUCGACCCGUACAAGCUCGUCUACGAACGGUGUCUCGUCUUCAACCCCGGAUCAUUCCAGCGCAGGAUCUGGAGCGUGUAUCAUCCGCAUAUGAGCGAGAUCAAGGAGCGGAUGGAGGAGAGCGAGCUUCCCGACGACUACUAA